AUGGCCGGAUUCUCCGCUCUUGGGCUUCUCUUCCUAUGUCAGCUAUUAGCCACAACAUCAGCCCAAUCCUUUCAGCGAGUAGGACCACAAGGCCCUCCUGGACCACGCGGACCCCCUGGACCAUCUGGCAAGGACGGCAUAGAUGGAGAGCCGGGCCCACCUGGUUUGCCAGGUCCACCAGGGCCAAAAGGUGCACCAGGGAAGCCUGGAGCAGCUGGUGAAGCUGGAUUGCCUGGCCUUCCUGGAGUGGAUGGUUUAACAGGAACCGAUGGCCCACCUGGCCCAAAUGGGCCUCCAGGAGACCGUGGUGCAUUAGGACCUGCUGGACCACCCGGACCAGCUGGCAAAGGACUACCAGGACCUCCAGGGCCUCCAGGACCCAGUGGGCUCCCAGGUGGAAAUGGAUUCCGGGGUCCUCCUGGACCUUUUGGUCUGCCAGGAUUCCCAGGGCCUCCUGGACCACCCGGACCUCCCGGUCUUCCAGGCACCCUUCCCGAUGGCGGUGGGGACCUUCAGUGCCCAGCUCUGUGCCCACCGGGUCCUCCAGGUCCCCCAGGAAUGCCAGGGUUCAAGGGGCACACUGGUCACAAAGGAGAACCUGGCGAAAUAGGAAAAGAAGGAGAGAAGGGUAACCCUGGCCCUCCCGGUCCUCCAGGCAUUCCUGGCAGCGUUGGCCUGCAGGGCCCAAGGGGACUAAGAGGCCUCCCUGGUCCAAUGGGUCCGGCUGGCGACAGAGGUGACAUUGGUUUCAGAGGGCCACCUGGAAUCCCAGGACCUCCAGGGAAAGCUGGAGACCAAGGAAACAAAGGACCUCAAGGAUUCAGGGGGCCCAAAGGCGAUACUGGUAGACCUGGACCAAAAGGAAACCCAGGGGCUCGGGGACUCAUAGGAGAACCUGGCAUGCCUGGCAAGGAUGGACGGGAUGGAGCUCCUGGACUCGAUGGUGAGAAGGGUGAUGCAGCUCGCAUGGGUGCUCCUGGAGAGAAGGGACCAAACGGACUGCCUGGACUGCCUGGAAGAGCAGGUAUUAAAGGCUCAAAGGGUGAACCAGGCAGUCCUGGAGAGAUGGGAGAGGCAGGUCCCUCUGGAGAACCAGGCAUCCCUGGCGAUGUUGGUAUUCCUGGUGAGAGAGGUCUGCCGGGACCCAGAGGAGCAACUGGACCACUUGGUCUUCAAGGCCCGAUGGGAGCCCCCGGUGUCAGAGGUUUCCAGGGUCCCAAAGGUGCCAGUGGUGAACCUGGCCUCCCUGGUCCGACUGGAAUUCGUGGAGAGUUGGGUGACAGGGGUCCUAUUGGUGUUCCUGGUCCCAAAGGUAACCAGGGCACUGCUGGAGCAGACGGCCUCCCAGGUGACAAAGGAGAACUGGGUCCCUUUGGUCCCCCCGGCCAAAAAGGAGAGCCAGGAAAAAGAGGAGAACUUGGUCCAAAAGGUGUCCAAGGCCCUAAUGGGACAGCUGGAGUGCCAGGGAUCCCAGGACAUCCAGGGCCCAUGGGCCAUCAGGGGGAGCAAGGCGUUCCUGGCAUCACGGGAAAACCUGGGCCUCCUGGCAAAGAGGCCAGUGAACAACAUAUACGAGAAGUCUGUGGGGAAAUGAUAAAUGAUCAAAUUGCACAGUUAGCUGCUAAUCUGCGAAAGCCCUUGUCUCCUGGAAUGACGGGUCGUCCCGGCCCAGCUGGGCCCCCAGGUCCUCCCGGAGCUGUGGGAAGCGUUGGGCAUCCUGGUCCUCGUGGUCCCCCUGGAUACAGGGGGCCAACAGGAGAACUUGGUGAUCCUGGUCCCAGAGGUGACACUGGCGAAAAGGGAGAUAAAGGACCUGUUGGUCAGGGUAUUGAUGGGCCUGACGGCGAUCAAGGACUCCAAGGACCACCUGGUGUACCUGGAAUUACUAAAAAUGGUCGUGAUGGUGCUCAGGGUGAACCCGGUCUUCCAGGGGAUCCUGGUACUCCUGGUGCUAUUGGGGCUCAGGGAACUCCAGGAAUAUGUGACACGUCGGCUUGCAUGGGAGCUGUUGGAGCAUCAACUUCCAAAAAAUCAUAAAACAACAGUACAAGAAGUGGAGAAGUGACUGAAUAUUUAAAUAAACAGUGCAUUGUAAGAAAACAGACAGAAUCCUCCUAGUGAUAAACGGACAGAUGUUCCUUCUAUUGUAUUAAGUGGAGACUUUGACACAGUUCUAUGAAAAAGAAAGCAUCAGAUGAAAACUUUAAUUAAAAGAUGCUUUAUGAGUACUUUCUCUUCCCCCCAAUUAUUUUCCAGAAUUUUUACUGCUAAACAACCUCACCUUCCCUUUCUCCCUCUGUUCCAAGAGACCUGCAAGAGGAAGCAUUGUUCUUUUUUACCAUCACCCCCCUAACUGUGUACUAAAGAUCACGACUUUUCUGUAUAAACGUUUGAGUCUUGUCAAUUGGAUUCCUUGGUGCUGCUCCCACUGACUUCAGUAGUGCACAAACCUGCGUAAAGAUACAUGUUGUUAAGGUAUUCAGGCACCUAACUGCUACUUCCAUCAGUGGAAAUUAGGCAUUUCAAUAUCCCGUGUUUUAGUAUCCUAAGAUUCUGGCCUAAGUAAAGACCAUAGCUUAUGUAUAUGCUGUCAGUUAUCAAUUUUCAGAUUGCACCUCAAAUAUUUGCCAAGACUAGUAAAUAGUAAUCCUCUUGCAAUCAAAUUCUGCAAAAGGUGUAAUGUAUAUAUUUUAAUUUACAGGGGAGAAUUUUUGUAUAUUUCCAUAUGAUAAUAAAGGACAUCAAGUAACAGCAUUUUCACGACCUCUACUUAAGCUAUUUGCACAGUAAUUGUGAAUGAAACCCCAAAUAAGAAAGGAUGCUCUUCUAAAGUCCAGCCAAAAACACCUGUAUGAACUGUUGUAAAAAUAAAAGGAGAUUUUUUUUAACCUUU